GGAGUCCAAUGGAAGCCUUCGUCGCAACCCGGAGGAAACAAUCGAGUGCGAUUUAGCUUAAAAAUAGUAGCUGAUAUAAUUAAAUGGGGUUAUAAACCGUAUGUUUUCCAAACAAUCUGGGGCUGCCGUUCUUGCUGUUGCAUUUCAAACCCGCUGAUUUGCCGUUAACGGCGUCUGUCGGGCCUUGUUUAUACUGUGCAGGGCAGCUUGGAUCAGGGACGCAGGCCCGGUCCUGUGCGAGUUUAACGGCCGUUUCGGGUCUGGAGUGUGUUUUGUGCGGAUCGUCCCUUUAGCUCACCAAAGAAUAUGACCCAGAUGCAACAAUGACAUCCAGAUUUGGUAAAACCUACAGCCGCAAGGGAGGAGAGGGCACGUCCAAGUUUGACGAGGUUCUGUCCACCAAGAGAGGCACCCUCAGUACCAAAUGGGGUGACACCACUUACAAGGCCAAGGUGGGCUCCAAGCGUGUCGGCGCACCCAAGAAUGAUUCUGUCCUGGAGGUUUACAAGAGACCCCGUCCGAACGGAGAUGGCUUUGAGGAUCCGUUUGGAUUUGACAGCGAUGAGGAAUCCAAGCCGGUGUCAUCUCGCAGCGGCAACAAGUCGUCGCCUGCCAAGCCGAACUCCGCAGAGCCUCCACAAGCGGAGAGGCCGGGGAUUUCUCUGAACACGGGGAGCAGGUCCAGCCUCCAGGGGGGAUCCCACACUUUGACGUCCGCUCGGGGGGCGUCAUGGAUGGCCAAUGACAGGAGCCAGCCCAGGGUGUUGGAGGACACCGCUCGGUUCUUCAACAGCAGCAGUGCUAGCAUCGGAAAGUCUCAGCAGAGUUCCUCGUCGUCAGAGAACCAGCACAGCUACUCGUGGUACCAAAAUGCUUCUGAGAGCGAUAAGAAGCCCCUGCCGCAGACCACCACCCUGAAGACGGGGUCCAAGGCCGAGUCCGCCUACGACGCCUGGGACGACAUCAUGGGUCUCCGUCCGCCCUCGCCCUGCCAGGAACCUCGUAACCCCGCCCCUACGCUCUCCUUGGCUACAGCCGGCAUCACUGUGGGCGGCUCGGGCCUCGGGCAGACCCGGCACGAGAAGCCCCCCUCUCCUCCACGGCUCCAGAUCCCCAGCGAACACGAGGACUUCGGGGGCGACUUGGACUUCCUUGUCGAGACGUCAGACUGCUCCCAGACUUCCUCGUCACUUCUAAGAAACUCUAACUGUCGGACGUACAGGAGGCCGAACAAGCAGGGCUCUGACAAAGCCUCGGACUCCAGCGGCUCUGCCAGCGGCGUCUCUGGCACAGAUCUCCCCGAAUCCACAUCUGACGGCAGUAAUAAGAGCACAGGUGGAGGACGGGGACGGGGCAGGACGAGGGACUUCACAGUGCUGCACCCCUCCUCCGUGUCCAUGUGUAACGUCACCAUCCAAGACCGAGGAGUGGAGGAGUUUAGCACGGAUGCGGCGCCCUCUAGUGGGAGCAGCAGUGCCGGGUCCGGCAGUACGACGGAGCUGGGAGAGGCGGGGUGGCAGCGGAAGAAGACGGAACAACAACAAACCACAAGGUUGAAACAAACUCCGACAAAGUCAAAGAAGGACAGUAAGCUGGAGCUGUUUGGAUUCGAAGACGCAGACGCCCAUCAGGAGGAAAACAGCGCAGACAACGCAGACGGACGAUCCAGCUACAAGAUCCAGUACUUCGGAUUUGACGACAUGAGCGACAGCGACGGGGAGGACGAGGACGACGGCGCUAAAGAGAGGAGGAGGGCCAAGAAGGCAGCUGCGGCCGCCAAGAGAGUCCCGGUGGAGACCGAGGAAGAAACGCCCACCGAUGAACCGCCGGAUCCCUUCGAGGCGCUGGAGAGACUGGAGGCCUUGGAGAGGCUGCAGAGGCUGGAGAGGCUGGACAGACCGGCACCCAAGGAGAGCAAGAAGAACUCUGAGAGGCAGGAGAGCCGGAUACAAACAGCGGUCCUGGACUUCUCUGAGGACAGCCUCAGAGUGCUGGCCCGGGCUCCCAGGAGGCCGCCUCAGGGCAAAGCAACCGAGAAGAACCCCGACUCCUUCCGGAGGAUCUUCAGCGCACAUAAGAAGUCUCCCACCAAAGCCGUGUACAACGCCAGACACUGGACCCUGGAGAGCGAAGAGGAGCCGCCGCAAACCUUCGUGUCCCGCUCACAGACGGCUCCUGUAAGUUCUCUCUGCUCUGUGUGUUCAGCACCGUGUUCCACACGCAGCACUGUUUCUAACACCUCCUCUCACCAGGCGGGAGGAUCCAGUAAGGAGCUCUCCGAUGCUUCCAAGGACGACGGUGUUUUUAAAGCUCCUCCUCCACCUCCCAAGGUCACCAAGUGCGUCACCCUCCCCACGGAUCUGUACCAGGACACCGUCACCGCACUGAAAUGCCGCAAAGAGCACAAGGAGCUGUACACAGUCGUCCAGCACGUGAAGCACUUCAACGACGUGGUGGAGUUCGGAGAGAACCAGGAGUUCACUGAUGACUUUGAGUAUCUGGCUACAGGUCUGAAGAGCGGACAGCCUCUCAACACACGCUGCCUUAGUGUGAUCAGCCUGGCGACGCGCUGCGCCAUGCCCAGCUUCAGGAUGCACCUGAGGGCCAGAGGGAAGGUGGCUCAGGUGUUCAAAACACUCAAUGACGCCCCGCAGCACUCGAACCUGGCUCUGUGUACUGCGUCUCUGAUGUACAUCCUCAGCAGAGACCGGCUGAACAUGGAUCUGGACCGGUCCUGUCUGGAUCUGAUGAUCCGGCUGCUGGAGAUGGACCACGAUCAGGGCGCCGCGGCCGUGACGGGGCCGACGGACCCCGACGCUCAGUUCAGCGCCAGAGAAAUCGCCAAGAUGAAGGAGAAGAUCAGGAAGCUCUGCGACACCGUGCACAACAAGCACCUGGACUUGCAGAACAUAACGACGGGACAUUUAGCCAUGGAGACGUUACUGUCUCUGACGUCAAAGCGAGCGGGAGACUGGUUCAAAGAGGAGCUGCGGCUCCUGGGAGGACUGGACCACAUAGUAGAUAAAGUGAAGGAGUGCGUGGAUAACUUGAACCAGGAGGACGAGAAGGAGAAGAUGGUGUCGUCUCUGUGGGGAGCCGAGCGCUGCUUACGGGUGUUGGAGAGUGUGACGGUGCACAACCCAGAGAACCAGAGCUACCUGAUCGCCUACAAAGACUCAUCACUCAUCAUCUCCUCUGCAAAGGUGCUGCGGAGGUGUGAGGAGAUGAUCCAGCGCUACAGCAGGGAGCUGAACUCAGACGGCGCCGUGGGGAAAGCAGUGGAGGACUGUAUGAGGGCCAUCAUAGGAGUCCUGCUCAACCUGACGCACGACAACGAGUGGGGCAGUACGAAGACCGGAGAGCAGGAGGAUUUAAUAUUGACAGCUCUGAACUGUGUUCUCAAAGUACCUCAGUAUCUUCCACAAGAGCAGAGGUUCGACAUCCGAGUACUGGGUCUGGGCCUGCUGAUCAACCUGGUGGAGUACAGCGCCAGGAACAAGUACUUCUUGAUGGAGAUGGAGAUGGAGGGAGGUCAGGGUCCCUGCGACUCCACCGUCCUGCUGAACCCUCAGCUCCAGGACGUCCCCAUCUCCGGCCCGCUCAGCGCCAUCGCUGCACUUGUACAGUUGUUCCUCCAGCGCGAGCGUGCCGCCAUCCAGGCUGAGGCGCAGACUGAUGACCUCAUCAAGGAGGCGCCGAAGCCCGCGCAGGACAAGAGCGGGCAGUGGCAGGAGUCGGGCGGGGAGAUCCAGUGGGUGGCCAACGACAACAUCCCCCCCGACAAACAACAACAGGAGGAGGAGGAGAAGAAGAAGGAGAAGGACGAGGAGGACCACGAGCUGGACCUCAACAAAGCUCUGCAGCAUGCAGGGAAGCACAUGGAGGACAGCAUCGUGGCCUCAUACACAGCACUGCUGCUGGGCUGCCUGUGUCAGGGGAGCCCGUUGAAUGUGACUACUGUGAGAGAUAACCUGCCCAAAGGAGAUUUCUCCAUCAUGACAGAAAUGCUGAAGAAGUUCCUGAACUUCAUGAACCUCACAUGUGACGUCGGCACCACAGGACAGAAGUCCAUCUCCCGGAUCAUUGACUAUCUGGAGCACUGCUAGAGAGAACACACACACACACACACACACACACGCACACACACACACACACACCCAUCUCCAUCAUCUUCCUCUGCGUGUUGUGACCAGACGUCCUCCGCUUACAGGAGCUUCUCCUUGUUGUUGCCGGGAAACAAGAUAACUGAAUGAAAAGGGAGUUGUUGUUUUUUUUAUCCCCUUAAAGUGACUUGAGAAGAACUUAAAUUUAUUCUGACUUAUGACCCCCCCCCCCAGCUGUUAUUUUACUUUUAUUAAAGAUACAAUCCAAGUCAGUAUUUUACUUUUUCCACUCGUCCUGUUUAUAAAAAAGCUCAGAACUCUUUUCAAAAAUAUGUUUUGCUUUUGGUACCUUUUACCCCCCCCCCCCCCCCCCCCCCCCCCCCCCCCGCGCCUUUGUAUCGAUUGUUGCCAGAUUGGAGUCGAGCGGCCAUUCCCCCCCCAGCCUGUCAUCAGAGCCUUGCACCCCUCAGCAGGUGAUGAUCACCAAACAACUCCAGUGCUUAAAAAAACUACUGACCGAAAUAAUCUCUCCGCACGCCGUCUCCUCCUCCUCUUCCUCCGUGCUGCUUUGACCUCUCCGCUCCGUCUGAAGGAGGCGGUUAGAGGCAGAGAAAUCAAGUAUUGGUUUCCGACCCUGAACGGCCUUGUGAAGCGCGGCGCUUCUUUAAGCGUGUACUUGUUGUUUUUCAUUAAGUCAUUUUUUAUCUGUAUAUAACUAGAAAUCUUCUCUUUGGCCGUAAGAGCUUUUUCCUCCUUUCUGCAGCAAACCAGCUGAUUUUCAAUCGGUCGUUCUUCUUGUGCCGUUAUCAAACAGCUCCCAGCAUGCCGAGCACACGCCUGAGACUGAAGCACGACGACCUGCAGGUUGUUAAAGCUCUCUGGAAACUUUGAACAACGCAGAAACGUUAUUCCUUUUCAAAGAAUUGAUCGUCGACAUCAAAGCUUUUGUGGCCUGGCCAGACCCCGAGGUGUGUGUGUGUGUGUGUGUGUGUGUGUGUGUGUGUGUGUGUGUGUGUGUGUGACGCAGACAAGAGCCUUCAAUUACAGCACAAAGGCAGCGGCCGGCCUGAGAGGUGCGGACGAGCCGCUUCACUCUGGUGCGAGACCCCAGCGGAGAGGCUGCAACUUUAUUUUUCGGUAUUUUUUUUAACUCGAGCUGUUAAAUCCCAAAGUUUCUGUCGUUCCCAGGAUGCAACGCUGCAGGUUCGUGAACACAAAGAGGAAUUCAAAGACUUUUUCUUUUCUCUUGUGGAUGUUUCAGAUCGAUAAAUAAUUUCCCAGAUGUCAAGCUUCACGGGAAUAAAAGAGACCUUUCGUUCAGAGGGAAGCGCACGUUCGCAGCGUUUGUUUCGUGUCGCUUCAUCUUGAGUUGGAACACAUUUCUUUAUAAAUGGUUAAAAACUUGUUUAUAUUUUCUCAGCACAACAAAUGUAACUUUCUGUUGAAGAGUCUUAAGUUUGGUUAUUGCAGUAAAUACUAUUUAAACUGAACCUCGUGAGUCAUUAACCCUAAUGAACCAUUAAUCUACAGACUCACUUUGUAAACCGGAAACGUAGAAAGUUCAAAUCUGGUUUUGACGCUUUUCCCAAAACAAAAGUUACAUUUUCUUUUUUUUGAGCAAAAUCACAAACUUUCAGUUCAAAUGAAUAAUUAAAGUUUACGUUCUCCGCACGCCCGACGUUCUUCGGCGCGUCGUCUCUCGCAUGAUCCAAGAAGGAAACUUUAAGUUCUCGAAUUUCAUCCGUUUGUAAAAGUUGGUAAAAGCGUGUUUGUCCCGUUGACUUGCAUUUGUCUGUUCCUCUGUGAUCAUGACACACACACACACACACACACACACACACACACACUCUUUUUUGUUUGUUUUAAGUUUACAAGAGCUUUAUUCACACACCUCUGGAAGAAUGAAUGGAAGAGCUUUUUGUACAUAGUUGUUGUACAUAGAUUGGUUUCCUUGUGUAAGAGGAGAGGUUGAUGGGUGACGGGGUCGGGUGGGGGGGGGUUGAAUUUAAAUUUAGACCGGUAGACUCUACUUUUCUGAAUCUGACUCUAUUUUUCAUUUUCUAAAGCCUUUUCUCCGUCGUGUUGUUGUUUUGGACAGACAGACAGAGAGCUUCUUAACAAGCCAACUGCAGGAAAAACUUGAUCUUUGUACCAAUUUGCAGACUGAUGUCUUUGGUUAUCUGUACAUACUUUUAAAAUAAUAAAAAUUGCUACUUUCAGUA